AUGACGGCAAAAUCGGCCAGGGAUGACGGGAAACAAUAUUGGGCUGAAAUAGCGACAUCCAUGGAAGAGGCCUCGAACGUUGGUGACACUCGAAAGCUCUACCGUCUGAUCCGCCAAGUUAGCAGUAAGCCCUCUACACUGAGUGACUCUGUUCGCGAUGUGAACGGCGGCUUUAUCGCUGACAACUUGGACAUAGUCGAGCGCUGGCGUGAGCACUUUGAGCACCAUCUCAACUUCGAUACCCAACCUACAUCGCCCUUGUUCUCCUCCUCAGCGGAGUUUCUUCCCUCUCCUACCUAUGCAGUGCCAUGCGAUCCCCCCUCCGAGGAAGAAGUCGCCGAUGCCAUACGAAAGUUGCGCAACAAUAAGGCACCCGGAGAGGACGGUAUACCCGCUGAAAUCUUCAAGUCUUGUGUCGACACUCUGGCGCCCUGGCUCCAUGAGGUGAUUGAACAAGCGUGGAUAGACGAGGUUGUUCCUGAUGACUGGGGCUUAGGCAUCCUUGUACCUAUCCUCAAGAAGGGAGAUAAGACGAGAUGCGAGAACUACCGCGGCAUAAGUCUCAUCGACGUUGCUGCGAAGAUCUUCGCUAUUGUCCUACUCAGGCGAUUCCAGGCUGUGCGUGACUCAAGGACGAGGCCCAACCAAGCAGGAUUUCGUGCUGGACGUGGAUGCGCAGAUCAGGUAUUCACACUGAGGCGCAUUCUCGAAUUUCGCCAUAGCUACCAACAACCGACGGCCGUCUGCUUCGUUGACUUUGCCGCCGCGUUCGAUUCCGUUCACCGUGAGUCCCUGUGGCAGAUAAUGGCGCUAGAUAGUGUACCGGCAAAAAUCAUCGCCAUGAUCAAGGCCUACUAUCGCUCCACUACUGCGAGAGUCCUGGUCCGUAACAAUCUUUCCCAACCGUUCGGUAUUCGGUCUGGCGUCCGACAGGGUUGUAUCCUGUCACCCAUACUGUUCAACUACGCUAUUGACUGGAUCCUCGGGAGGGCCCUACGCGACAGUGACGGCGUUGACUUUGCACCCGAACAUCGACUGACUGAUGUCGACUAUGCCGAUGAUAUCGCCAUACUUGCUUCAAGUUUUGGUGAUCUGCAGUCUACGGUGUCACGGGUGAACGAGGUCGCUAAAUCAGUCGGUUUGUCCAUAAACGCUGGGAAGACCAAAGUAUUCUCAAGCUGCAUCCCUGACCAGGAGAAGGCACCUCUCGGGAUUGAUGGCUGUCAACUUGAAGAAGUGGACAGUUUUAAAUACCUCGGAGCGAGGCUGCUGCCUAAUGGACAGAGUAAGGACGAAAUUGUCUCCCGAAUCGAUGCUGCCCGCUGGGUUUUUUCAAGCCUUCGGAAAUGCCUGUGGAACCGACGUGACCUCUCUAUCGCCACUAAGAUUCGCGUGUACCGUGCAUCUGUCCGGUCUGUCCUUCUCUACGGUUGUGAAUGCUGGGCUUCGCGCGUGGAGGAUGAGCGAAAACUGGAGGUAUUUGACCACCACUGCUUGAGGAUCAUCCUUCGAGUGAAGUUAACCGACUUCGUCUCAAAUGAGAUAGUCCGCGCUCGCUGCGAUAACAUCGCAAGGAUAACUCAGGCCAUCCAAGAAAUACUACUGAGGUGGUUCGGGCAUGUUCUUCGUCGUCCACCUCAGGAGCUCAGUGUUACUGCCCUCGAUCCGGCACCGUUGCCCCAUUGGAGGCGUCGAAGAGGGGGCCAGUUCAAAACCUGGCUCGACACUGUCCGUCAAGACAUGGAGGUGGUUCUUGGACCUUCGGUAUUCGGUCUACGCCGUUGGCGAUGGGAAUGGGAUGAGCUGUCCAGAUCUGCUACCGCGGUUCGUCACGCGUGGAGAGGUACAGUUCGUGACAUCAUCGAGGCCGGCUAG